AUUGGUGUUGAGGCAGAUGAAAUCGAGUCGUUGUCGGUGAUGGAGGGCGAUUCUGUCACCUUACCGACUGGUGUGUCUAAAAUACAAGAGGAUGAUCUGAUAAUGUGGAUGAGCGGAAAAUACUGUAUCGCUAAACUCAACAUAUCAUCCCAAGUCAUCACUGAAACUCACGACGUAUUCAGAGACCGACUGAAGCUGGAUGAUCAGACUGGAUCUCUGACCAUCACAAACAUCAGAACCACAGACUCCGGACUUUAUAAAGCACAGAUGAUUGGACAACAAGUGUCAAAGAAAACUUUCAAUGUUACCGUCAUUGCUCGUCUGCCCGUUCCUGUCAUCACCAGUUACUGCCCUCAAAAUCCUUCACCAUCAGGAUCAUCGCCAUCCAGAUGUGUCCUGAUGUGUUCAGUGUUGAAUUUGGGUCAUGUGACUCUCUCCUGGUACAAAGGAAACAGUUUAUUGUCCAGCAUCAGUGUGUCUGAUCUCAGCCUCAGUCUCUCUCUACCUCUGGAGGUGGAAUAUCAGGAUAAAAACAGCUACAGCUGUGUGAUCAACAAUCCAUUCAGCAACCAGACUCAACAUCUGGACAUCACUCAACUCUGUCAACCAUGUUCAGGUACCAUCAAACCAUCACAUCAGCACUGA